GUCACAGACAAAACUUGAUUGCCAAGAGCGCGGGCCAAUCACAACAUGGUUACAUCUUCUUGUAGACGAAGAUACUCAAUCACGCAAAAGCCAAGCGACAUGAUGGUCGACCGUCGAAGUCACCAAUACACGGCUGACACACCAGACUAGCCCUCACAUGGCGACAUCGUGCCAGGGAGAGAUGCUCGCCAGGUAUACAGAGCAAGGGUGAGUCGAAAUUACGUAGUAUUACGGAACUACUGUGAUCAAUGAGACGAACAACGAAGCUGGAAAGGUCAGAAAAAUACGUAGUGGAACGGGAAAGGUGGGUACGUGUUCAGCGUGACAAGGCCAAGGUGACCUCGAGACUGAUGAAAAGGUGGACGAGAAGAGAGAGAGAGAGAUGAUGGGAAAGAGAUGACACGAACGGGAAGGGUGGGAAAGGAGAAAGAGUCGAGAAGUCAGCGCGUGAUCUGGGAUCUGGCUGGCAAGCAAUUGAUUGUUCUGUGCUGGCUCGAUUCGAUUAUUUCCUCGAGCUCUGCUUUUUACGAGAGCACUAGCUCCCGCCCGAUGAUUCAAGUUCCUGAUUGGCUACGCGCCGCACCUCACGGAUUGAUCUGAUCAACCACGGCACGUCACAUGUGAGGUAUAAACAUCUGCGUGUCCCCCGCUCGCCGCGCGCAGCGAGGACAGCCCAUCACCCAUCCAUCCUGCUUCUCUUCCUCUCUCGACUCAAUCACCGGUCUACCGUUCACUCGAACCAUAUCUUUCGCUUCUGACCCAUCUAACCAACCACUUAACCAUCUUCUACCAUCGAGAUGCCUCCCAAGAAAGUUACUGGCGCCGCCGCCGCCGCCAAAGAGCAGAGUCAGAAGAAGACUGCCGCCGCCCCAGCUCAUGCUUCAUACAAAGAUAUGAUCAAGGACGCUAUUAUCAACCUCAAGGAGCGCAAUGGAAGCAGCCGACAAGCUAUCAAGAAAUAUGUCAAGGCAAACAACAACGUUACCAUCACAUCCGAGACUCAAUUCGACUCUCUUUUCAACAAGGCCUUGAAGUCUGGUGUCGAGAAGGGUGACUUCCAACAACCAAAAGGCCCCUCCGGUCCUGUCAAGCUGGCAAAGAAGGAAGCCAAGCCUGCUGAGAAGAAAGCUGCUGCUCCCAAGAAGGAGAAGGCUGUUAAGGACGAGAAGGAGGCUAAGCCAAAGGCCACCAAGACGAAGACUGCCAAACCAAAGACUGCCACCACCAAGGCCAAGAAGGCCACCACAGCCAAGAAAGCUUCCACCGCAAAGCCAAAAGCCAACACUGCUACUAAGAGGGCCCCCAAGACAAAGACAAAGACUGAGGCUCCUGCCCCUGCCGUCACCGAUGUUCCCACCGUCUUGAAAAAGACGAAAUCAGGACGCGUCACCAAGCAAAAGACAACCGGCGCCCCAAAGAAAGCAACAACCAAGAAGCCAUCAGCUAAGAAAGCCACCGGCCCCAAGAAGUCUACUACACCCAAGAAGGCCGAGGCCUCUGCAUGAAAGACUUCUCAAGUCUGACUAUGUCGAUGUUAUGACCUGACGUGUGUUGCUUGCUUUUCUAACCUCGUGUGUAUCUGGUACUUGGUUGGUCAUGUUGAUGGGACAGGAUGAUGGGAUGCGGGAGGCUGGUGCAGGCGUUCAUGAGUUGUUGAUGUCGCCCUGUUCAAGUCUUUCGCGCCACAAGUGCCGCUCGCUUUCCCGCAAUGUGUUCUAAAUACCUCGGGCUGCUGUGCUUUUUGUUUGGGAAUCAGAUCAAGAUGGGGAAUACCAGGCGUUAGUAUCAUGGUUAUGGGAUGGGUACGGGACAAAGGAGAGAUCCAGGCGCAAGCACAAGUGUGAGUGCGCAAAGAUACCAUCAGGGCGCAUCAUCUCUUCUCUUCUCACUUGCUUGAGACUUGUACAAGAGGGAGAAGAUGUGACGACUUUACAUUUCGAGAUCAGGUAUACAGACAAUCGAAGUGCCUUGUACAGACUCUCACCUAAUGUAUAUUUCUCCGAGGUUGAGAUUUCGAAAGCAGUAAGAUGACAAAAUCGGAAGCAAGUUGAUCCGAGCAUGCCCCUUUUUCGUCAUGUGAUGUGAUUAGAAAGCUGAUGAGAGAUUGUGUCGAGAGGUCGUGCCAUUGCUAG